AAAUGGGAAACAGCAUAUGCUCCCACUGAGUCCAAAGUCAUAAGCCAUUUCCAAGUUCCAACACCAUAAAAAGUAGUGUGUGUAGACUGUCUGUAACCAAUAAUAUAAUUCAACAGAAAGAAAAAGCCACCCCCUCCGCCAUCGAUCGAGUCCCGUCCCGUCCCGGCCAAGGACUGCAACGCAUUACAACGGUCUACUAUUCUAAUCAUAUAUCGCUCCUCUUCAAAUUCACAGAGAGGUUUUACAGAAAGUGGGAGAAUAUCAAUUCUUCCGCUCAGGUAGCGUACGUCCGCCAUGAGCGACGGACACAAUAACAAUGACCUCCCAAAUCAUCCCGUAGCUUCUCUGGACCUGAAAAGUCUCAAGGUCAUCUCCGCCCUUGGCCGUGGUGCUAAAGGCGUCGUGUUUUUGGUUCGAUCAGAAAACGGAGAAUCUCUUGCUCUCAAAGCAAUUUCGAGAGCUUCUAUCGAGAAAAAUCACAAGACUGAUGCUGCUUCCACUGAUCGCCGCCCGGCCGACGAAGAAUACAGAAGAAUUUGCUUCGAGCGGGAUGUUUUAGCCUCCUUAAACCAUCCUCUCCUGCCUAAACUCCGCGGCGUCUUAUCCACUGACAAGAUCAUCGGUUACGCCAUCGAUUACUGUCCCGGCCGCGAUCUUAAUUCCCUCCGCAGAAAACAAACCGAGAAAAUGUUCUCCGACGAUAUCAUCAGAUUUUACGCUGCUGAGAUAGUGCUAGCUUUGGAGUAUUUACACGGAUUGGGAAUUGUGUAUAGAGAUUUAAAGCCGGAAAAUGUGAUGAUCCAGGAGAACGGUCACCUAAUGCUAGUGGAUUUCGAUCUCUCCGCAAAGCUCUCCGCCAAAUCUCCCGAGGCUCGUCGACUCGGUGACUCAUCGCCUAGUUCCUUGUCGAUCAAGAACAAGCAUAGGAAUAGGAAGAAAAACAGGCAGAGAUUUCCAGAGUUCUUAAGCUUCUGCAAAUCCGGGAUAACUGAGUCCGACUCGGUGCAUCCGGUUGAAUUCAGCAGUGAGUCCGGGAGACAGGAAUCGGAUUCCGUAGAAAAGUCCAACUCAUUCGUGGGGACGGAGGAAUACGUGGCUCCCGAGAUUUUAAUCGGGAAAGGUCACGAUUUCGCGGUGGAUUGGUGGUGCUUGGGCGUCAUGUUGCAUGAGAUGCUCUACGGGACGACGCCGUUUAAGGGGUCCAACCGGAAGGAGACUUUCUAUCGGAUUCUAGCGAAAGAUCCGGAGCUGGUGGGGGAGCCCACGCCCUUGAGGGACUUGAUCAAGAAGCUGCUUGAAAAGGAAGCAAAAAGAAGGAUCUCCGUGGAGGGAGUCAAGGGCCAUGAUUUCUUUAAAGAUGUUGAUUGGGCCCAUAUUUUGGAAAUCCAACGGCCGCCUUUUAUUCCAGCGGCCGAGGAUACCCAACAGGGGAAUAAGGACAUUGACGUGGAGUCAUUUGUCCAGCAAGUGUUUAACGCAGGGAUCGAUGGUGAUGAAAAAGUCGGCAACAAGGAAAAUUCGGAAAACAAGAAGAAUAUUUUAGAUCAUAAAAACAAAGGAGUGUGGGUUGAAGGGUUGAAUAAUCCUCCCGCUCAAAGCGCGAAUUUUUUUAUUUUUUAGUUCAUAUCGUAAUUUUUUUUUUUUCAUUUGAUUAAUUGGAUCGAUGAGAGUGUAUGACCCAUAUAACCAUCCCCUUAUGAAGCCCUAACAUGUAGUCAAAUCCAAAUCUCUGAUUUAUCUACGAAGGAUACUAGGAUUAUUCAACCAUGCCACAUCGAGAAGAUUAGGUCUUAA